ACUGUGCGGACCAGACUCGGCUACCGCAAUGGCCACGCAGCUCAACCGAGCAGAGCCAGCGAAGACCGGCAGGAUCUUUGGCAGGGAGUCGGCAGCUCCAUGGAGAACGAAUUCACAUAUGAAGAUUAUCAGAAGACCACAGAAUGGCUUCUCUCUCGUACCAAGCACCGACCUCAAGUGGCAGUGAUCUGUGGUUCUGGCUUAGGGGGCCUGACCAAUAAAUUAACUGAGGCCCAGUUCUUUGACUAUAGUGAGAUACCCAACUUUCCCCAAAGCACAGUGCCAGGUCAUGCUGGUCGACUGGUGUUUGGGUUCCUGAAUGACAAGGCCUGUGUAAUGAUGCAAGGCAGAUUCCACACAUAUGAAGGCUACCCCCUCUGGAAGGUGACAUUCCCUGUGAGGGUUUUCCGGCUUCUGGGUGUGGACACCUUGGUGGUCACCAAUGCAGCUGGAGGGCUCAACCCUAAUUUCCAGGUUGGAGAUAUCAUGCUGAUUCGUGAUCACAUCAACCUACCUGGUUUGGGUGGUCAGAACCCUCUCAAAGGGCCUAAUGAUGAAAGGUUUGGAGUUCGUUUCCCUGCCAUGUCUGAUGCUUAUGACCGGAACAUGAGGGAGAAGGCUCUCAGUACCUGGAAACUAAUGGGAGAGAAUCGAGAGCUACAGGAAGGCACCUAUGUGAUGGUGGCAGGCCCCAGCUUUGAGACUGUGGCAGAGAGUCACCUGCUGCAGCAGCUGGGGGCAGAUGCUGUUGGCAUGAGCACAGUACCAGAAGUUAUAGUUGCAUGGCACUGUGGACUUCGAGUCUUUGGCUUCUCCCUUAUCACUAACAAGGUCAUCAUGGAUUAUGAAAGCCUGGAAAAGACAACUCAUGAGGAAGUAUUAGAGACUGGAAAACAAGCUGCACAGAAACUGGAAAAGUUUGUCUCCAUUCUUAUGGCCAGCAUUCCCCCCCCCCCCCCCCGACAAUGCCAUUUGACCAGCCCUGGAGUGGUCCAACCGCUAAUGGGAUCCAAGUAGUUACUACCUUCUUUGGCCCUUUUCUGGGUCAUGUGCCUCUACCCUUCCAUAAUAGCAGAAAGGAAAGGAGUGGAAGAUCCCCGUCCUUCACCUUCUCCACUUUCCCACCAGAUACUUCUGGUACUAGAACCUCUUGCUCAAUUGUCUUCUCAGAGCAGUUUGUUUUCACCUCCAUUCUUUGUAAGAGACAGAGCCCAUGCUCUGUCACACCUGGGGAUAUACCCAUGGUUUGACAUAGGCCUUUGACUGUCACACAGUAGCUCCUACUACUGCCUCACCUAAAGCACUAGAGACCAAAAAAGACCAGCCCAGAACCUCCUGGAAUUUAAUUAAUAUCAUAAUGUUUUUACAAUAAAGAGAGAUGAAAUAAAAA